UUUUAAAAUGCAACCAAAAACUGUUUGUCUCGCAUACUACUGCUGUGUGACUAAACAGAUUAACUGACCGAGGCGCUACAUAAGUAGUGCGGUAAUGUCGUUGUUGUGUGAUAAAUACAAACAUAUAGCACUGUGCUAAAUUAACGUAGAGCUUUGUCAAAAUACACAAACUAGAACCUAAAAAAAUAUGUUUAUUAUCGGUUUCAGUAUUUGACAUGUAUCUCCGCUACACACAAGAACUUGACGAACUUCUUCAUUUUCCAGGCGACGAAUACAUUUACGUGACAUUGUCAUGUUUUUUAUAACAGAAAUCAAACCCCAAAACAAACCUCCAAAAUAGCUGUUAAUAACUCUGCAACGUGCAUUACGUGAAACAACGACUUAGGUAGUGACUUUGAAUCUUCCUACCACGCUAAAACACUCAAACUGCCAGUGUAAUGUAUUUAAGUUGGCUGUAAACUUGGACUUUUUUCAAACUCUUGAAGCUUACAGUUGUUCGCUGUUUUGUCCACUGCAGAGGCAUCAACUCUCCUGUCUACAAAGCCAGAUUCGAAGAUGCAACCUGCUCGUGUCAAAGAGGAGAGUCUAAAGUGCGGUUGUUUUCAGGCGUCUAUUGAAGAGAGCGAGGAGGUCUCUAAUUAUUACCCGGAGCUGGUCCACAUUAAAGAGGAGAUCAUUGACCCUGAACUGGAGCCUGUCCGGAUUGCAGGAGACGUGAGUGAGCUGGGAGCGAUCCGCAUUGUAGAGGACCUCACUGAACUGGAAUCGCCUUCAAAUAUACACUGCGCUGUAAAGGUACAAAGGAUGGAGCCUGACCAGAUUGCUGAGGAUGUCAGUGAGCGAGGACCUGCCCAGGAGAUAGGAAAGAGUGCAAAACUGGGAUCUAACCAGGGUACAGAGGACCCUGACAGGGCUGCAAAGGACACUGUUGAGCAUGAUGAACAGAAAAGCAACGACCAGGAAGCUGUCCGUGUUAAAGAAGAACUUAUUGACCAGGAACUGGAGCCUGCUAAAAUGAAGGAGACGAAAAACGCCAACAAAAAGGCGUCCAAAGAAAGCCCCUCGACUGACACCCUGUACAUCUGCACUGAAUGUGGGAAGAGUUUUAACCAGCUGCAGACUCUGAAAAGACACAUCCGCACCCACGCCACCCAGACUUCCUUUCAGUGCUCGGAGUGCGACCAGAGCUUCAGCCAGCUGGUGAAGUUCAAAGCCCACAUGCGCUCUCACACGGGAGAACUGCCCUAUUACUGCAGAGACUGUGGAAAGGGGUUCAAAAACUUGGGGAACCUGAAAUCCCACCAGCGCACGCACACGGGCGAGAUGCCCUACCACUGCACGGAAUGUGGGAAGAGGUUCAAAAACACAGGCAACCUGCGCUCCCACCUACGGAUCCACACCGGAGAGAAACCGUACCACUGCUCCGAGUGCGGCAAGAACUUCAAAAACCUGGGCAACUUCAAGACCCACCAGUACAUUCACACAGGAGAGUCGCCUUUCCACUGCUCCGACUGCGGGAAGAGUUUCAAACACCUGGGCAAUCUGAAAACGCACCAGCGCGUUCACACGGGAGAGAAGCCGUAUCACUGCACCGAGUGCGACAGGAGCUUCAAGCAGUCCGGAGACCUCAAGGCUCACCUACGCAUUCACACGGGGGAGACCCCCUUCAGCUGCAGCGAGUGUGGGAAGAGUUUCAGUCGGGUGGUGACCCUCAAAGCCCACCAGCGGGUUCACACCGGAGAGAGGCCGUAUCUGUGCUCCGAAUGUGGGAAGAGCUUCAAAGAGUCGGGGGCUUUGACCAAACACCAGCGCAUUCACAGAUGUAACGACCUCGAGAGGUGGCGGGAAUCUCGGCAGACCACCCAUAAUGGACAGGUGGCGAGGACGCUGAUUGGGCAGAGGGGAAAGGCUACCAAGAGGUCUCCUCCAAUCAGAGAAGAGAGAGGGGGCGGGACAGCAUAUAAGAGCGACGGGAAUGACACAAGGAGGGGAAACACAAGCCCUCCAGGAUUUGAGAAAAUGGAGCUGGUCCAUCUCCCCACACUGCACCCUGACCAGAUUGCAGGGGAUAUCGGUGAACUGGGGCCUGUGAAGGUGAUAAAGAAGCUAGCUGAUGCAGGAUCGAAAUCUAACCCCAUCGAUGAAGCCAGUGAACCAGGGUCUGUCUGCGCUAAAGAACAGAGCGAUACGGAAUCUGUCCACAUUAAAAAAGAGGUCAUUGACCCAGAACUGGAAUCUAACAAAGACUUAAAAAAACAUGAAGAAGCAAGUCUUUCGACAGACACCCUGUACAUCUGCCCCGAAUGUGGCAAGAGUUUCGUUCAGCUGCAGACUCUGAGAAGACACUUGCGUGCCCACGCGUCGGAGACCUCUUUACAGUGCUCCCAAUGCGAGAAAAAAUUCAACCAGCUUUCCAAGUUCAAAGCCCACCAGCGCUUUCACACCGGGAAGAGCCAUGAUUGCUCAGAUUGCGGGAAGAGCUUCCGGCAGUUGGGAGACCUCAAAUCCCACCAGCGUAUCCACACUGGAGAGGCGCCAUAUCGCUGCCCGGAAUGCGACAAGAGCUUUAAAAACUUAGGGAACCUGAAGGCGCAUCGACGCAUCCAUUCUGGGGAAACGCCUUUCCCCUGUCCGGAAUGCGGGAAGAGCUUCCGGCAGCUGCAGACGUUGAAAAGGCACGUGCGCAUUCACACCGGUGAGACUCCCUAUCACUGCUCGGACUGCGGAAAAAGCUUCAAGCAGUCCGGGGAGCUGAAAGCCCACCAGCGCAAUCACACGGGAGAUAUGCCUUACCGCUGCUCCGAAUGCGGGAAGAGUUUCAAACACCUGGGCAAUCUGAAAACGCACCAGCGCGUUCACACGGGAGAGAAGCCAUAUCACUGCACCGAGUGCGACAGGAGCUUCAAGCAGUCCGGAGACCUCAAGGCUCACCUACGCAUUCACACGGGGGAGACCCCCUUCAGCUGCAGCGAGUGCGGGAAGAGUUUCAAGAGGGUGGUGACCCUCAAAGCCCACCAGCGGGUUCACACCGGAGAGAGGCCGUAUCUAUGCUCCGAAUGUGGGAAGAGUUUCAAAGAGUCGGGGGCUUUGACCAAACACCAGCGCAUCCACACAGCUGCCCCCCCUCCAUCUCUUCUCUACCUGAAGAGCGAAUCAAGCAGUCAGGAGACCGCCAGCUAAAUCAGUCCAGGGGAGCCCUCGGCUGAAGCACGUGGAGUUUGAAAAAUUAUUUAAGUAAUCAACAUUUCCCAAAGACUACAAAGUAACCAGGUCUCUGUAGCGCGCACAAAAUCCAAUUUGGUUUCAUUGGCUCCCAGAUCCCCAAGCUGUGACUAUUUAAAGAAAGUUUCAUUCGGAUGGGUUAAAUAACGUUUCAUGUUUUAGAACACAUUGUGAUGCGAGUUUAAAAACUGCAUUUCAAAUACCAUAAUGCAAUGCGAGUUAUAAAUGGAAAGCCUACAAAUACCAUCAUGCAAGCUGAUGUGAGUUGAGUUUAAAAAGAAAAACCUGACGGCAUGCAGGACUACAAGUACCAGAAUGCAAUGGGCGUGAAUUUGUAGGGUACAGUCAACAACCUGUCCCUAUUUACUAGCAGUUUCUGGGGCUGCAUAUAGUAGGGGUGUACAGUUCUGUGUCAUUCUUCAGCUAACACUAAUACUCUGUUCCCACUGCUGGUCCUGACCUAGUUUGCUAUGUCAUAUCUGUGUUAAGUUGCUUAUUGUUGUAUUUACAUUUAAAACAAAUACCAUAACAAUACAAUAAUAAAUGCAUCCACUAGCCAGCAAGCAUGCAGCAAGAGAGACUGGUUACAGUUUAAACAGGAAAGAAAAGAUAAAGAACAAAAUUAGUCUUAAAUUUCAUUUUGAAUUGCUUUUAGAAUAAUCGAUUUCGCUGUCCUCAGAUUAAUGUGCGUCUCAAGUAACAGUAAUGAGUGUGGCUCUGUUACAGGGAAUGCCCACAGAUUUUUCAUUUAUCUACACAUCCUACCCCACAACUUACAAGUGAAAAAUAUUCUACAAAUUUGUAGAAA